AAAUAUUUAUGCUUUGAAUCUCUAACCCGAAGCGGAUAAAUGGCGAGGAGGGGUUUAGUACAGAGGAAGUACACUUCCCGCUGAAGAAGAGAUCCGUUUCGGAGUUCCCCCAACGAAGGAACUCCACUUACUCCCAAAACGAUACAGUCUGGAAUUAGAAGAUCAUGACUUCUUCAGUGCAACAUCUGUCAGAUAACCAGGGAACUGAUGAACAGCAGAAACAGGCUCAUCAUGAGAUUCAACAGCAAGCUCUCCUUGAAAGCAAUGGCCAAAUUGGGGUUGGAACACCUACUGAUUAUCCGAUGCACCAUGGUCACCGUGAAGCAGGACCAGCUGUGGGUCAAUUUGUUUACCCAUUCCAUGAUCCUUACUAUGGAGGCAUCUUUGCUGCUUAUAGUGCACAAACUGCGAUCCAUCCGCCAUUGAUGGGUAUGCAGCAUCCUGGAUUGCCACUCCCUACUGACGAAGAACCAGUCUUUGUGAAUGCGAAGCAAUAUCAUGGUAUAUUAAGACGGCGGCAAUCUCGAGCUAAAGCUGAGUCGGAAAAUAAAUUGAUCAAAGGCCGUAAGCCUUAUCUACAUGAAUCUCGCCACAGGCAUGCCUUAAAAAGAGCUCGGGGAUCCGGUGGUAGAUUUGUUAAUACAAAAUUGGAAGAAAACGAAAACAACCUCAAUUCCCAAUCUCACCAGCAGAAACAGAAUGAGGUCUCUGCCAUUUUCGCUCAAGAGAAGCGGGAAGCUUCUGAUGGUAAAGCUGGGUCUCCUUGUGCGGAAGCCAAAUGCUGUAAAAUAUAAGGUUUUUCAUAGGAAGUCAGGUUUUACUUAAGAGGUAAAACAAUUCAAGAUUUGUGGAGUUUGAAGUAGAAGUUUCGUGCCUUCGCUGUUCUCGGACGAUUGAAAUUAGAAUGUUCAGUUACUUCUGGGAAAUGUUUCAGACUGACUUGUAAGAAUUAGGAUGGACUCUGUAAUCUUUUAGAUUUUCUGUAGUGUGUUCAAUAAACUGAAAUUAUACAGUAGAUCAAUCAUGAGAACCUCAAAACCAUGAUAAACAACUUCCAUGAUCGAACCUGCUUAGUGGUUGUUUGGUCGUU